CCCAAUUCAUUCCAACAAAGGCAGAGACCAAAUUCAUCACGUUCUCCAUUUCAGUUCCACCAUGACCCACCUCAUCCUGUUGCUUGGACUUCUGUUAAUAGAAUACUUUAGUGGUUCUCAAGCUGAAAAUGUGUUUUCACAAUACUGGAAAGAUAAUAUUGGUCGUCCCCCCACUCCACAUUGGUUAGCUGCAAAGGCUUCUCCAUUAAGCCCCCAUCAGGCGGCAGUGUUUAUGAAGCUUAUGGAGAACAAUGAAUUGGCUUCCCACCUACCUUUGUUUUGUAAGCAGGCUAAUAUUGCUUGUUCUACAAAUGCACUGGUGAAGAAGACAUUAAUGAAUGGCACAACCCUACCGCCAAUAGCAGAGUGGAUUCUUGCCAAAUUCAAAUAUGAGCUUCCAAAUGAAACACCCCUGUCGGUUGCUAGCCAAGGUGGAUUGCCAUAUUUCCGGGAGUCAAUGGUGAAAGAGGGAGGUUUCAUACUUGUCCCUGAUCUAAGAGACCCAAUGUCAUAUAAAUCGUUCUUGCCACGAUCUCUAGCAUCAAAAAUCCCUUUUUCCUCUACCCACAUCAACGAGUUGAAGAAGCUUUUUGAUGUAGUGGAUGAAUCAAAUAUGGAUGAGUAUAUUCAAGACACCCUAGAAAUAUGUGAGAAGCAUCCCAUUCAAGGUGAAUUGAUUACUUGUGCAACUUCUGCCGAGGAUCUCAUUGAUUUCGUCGUCAAGAAAUUAGGGCACAAUGUACACUUAUGGAGUACUGAGAGUGUCGAAGGGUCUUAUGAGAAUGUCACAAUUGGAGAAGUAAAACUCAUCCAUGGAAACCUCUCUGAACCACCAACCUUAUGUCAUAGUCAGCCAUUCCCAUUCCAAGUCUAUUAUUGCCAUAUUUUACCAAAAGUGAAAGUAUAUGCAGUUGAUAUACAUGCUCGAAAAAAAGUGAAUCAAGCGAUCAUGACAUGCCACUAUGACACAUCAACCUGGAAUCCAAAUCAUCUUGCUUUUAAGUUGUUGGGUUUUGGUCCAGGCCAAAUUGAAGUCUGUCAUUGGAUAAACGAGAAUGGAGUGGUUUGGACAAAGGCUCAAGGUUGAGCAGCAUUUGAAGAUUUCAUUAUCUUCUAGUUUUUUGUGUUUUUUUUCUUAUAUGUUACUUCUUAUGCUAUUUGAAAGAUAAAUAAUGACCUAUUCUGGCUU